GUGGGCGCGGGGCGCCGCGGCAGCUCCGCCCCUCAGCGCGGCGGGCGCGGCGGUUCUCCUCUCGGCGGCGUCGCCUCAGCGGGCGGCGGUGCGGGCGGCCGGGCUGGUUCGGGCCGCGCCGCGCCGCCACGGGAGAGCCAGCGCCGCGCUGAGUCGAGGGGACGGGGGCGAGAUGGCGUCGUGCGUGGGGAGCCGGACCCUGAGCAAGGACGACGUGAACUACCGCCUGCACUUCCGCAUGAUCAACGAGCAGCAGGUGGAGGACAUCACGCUGGAGUUCUUCUACCGGCCGCACACCAUCACUCUCCUCAGCUUCACCAUCCUCAGCCUCAUGGCCUUCGCCUUCACCAGGGAUGAUUCUGUCCCAGAGGAUAAUAUUUGGAGGGGUAUCCUCUCUGUGAUUUUCUUCUUUUUAAUCAUCAGUGUUCUAGCUUUUCCUAAUGGACCCUUUACGCGUCCCCACCCUGCAAUAUGGAGAAUGGUUUUUGGUCUCAGCGUGCUCUAUUUUCUGUUCCUGGUGUUCGUGCUCUUCCUUAACUUUGAGCAGGUAAAAGCAGUGAUGUACUGGCUGGAUCCUAAUCUUCGAUAUGCCACAAGGGAAGCAGAUAUUAUGGAGUAUGCUGUGAACUGUCAUGUUAUCACCUGGGAGAGAAUCCUCAGCCACUUUGAUAUAUUUGCUUUUGGGCAUUUCUGGGGCUGGGCUAUGAAGGCUUUGCUGAUCCGCAGCUAUGGGCUGUGCUGGACUAUUAGCAUCACCUGGGAGCUCACUGAGCUCUUCUUCAUGCACCUUCUGCCUAAUUUUGCUGAAUGCUGGUGGGAUCAAGUCAUUUUGGACAUCCUGCUUUGUAACGGGGGUGGCAUCUGGUUGGGCAUGGUAGUUUGUCGUUUCUUGGAGAUGAGGACCUAUCACUGGGCAAGCUUCAAGGACAUUCACACGACCACAGGGAAAAUCAAAAGAGCUGUAUUACAGUUCACCCCAGCCAGCUGGACCUAUGUCCGCUGGUUUGAUCCUAAGUCUUCGUUUCAAAGAGUGGCUGGAAUCUACCUUUUCAUGAUCAUUUGGCAGCUGACCGAGUUAAACACAUUCUUUUUGAAACACAUCUUUGUGUUCCAAGCAAGCCACCCUUUAAGCUGGGGGAGAAUUCUCUUCAUAGGAAUCAUUACAGCACCCACUGUAAGGCAAUACUACGCGUACCUCACAGAUACACAGUGCAAGAGGGUGGGAACUCAGUGCUGGGUGUUCGGGGUUAUUGCUUUCCUUGAAGCUAUUGUGUGCAUAAAGUUUGGACAAGAUCUUUUUUCCAAAACACAAAUACUGUAUGUUGUGUUUUGGCUUCUCUGUGUGGCCUUUACAACUUUCCUGUGCUUAUAUGGUAUGGUUUGGUACGCAGAAUACUAUGGCCUCCGAGAAAAGACCUUAUCAGAAAGUGAAGACAGCCCAUACAGUCCAGAUGCUUCCUGGCUUCAUUCUAAAUUCAGUAAAGCAGGUGCUGACAAUAGUCCACCAAAACAUUCAGUCAAUAGUGAAAGCCAUUCAUCUAGAAGGAGGAAUCGGCACUCCAAAUCAAAAGUAACGAAUGGAAUUGGCAAAAAGUAAGAAUGGUUUCUGAAGAUAUCCUACAGUGUGACCAGAAGUGACAAAGAAAAUCAGACAUGGCUCUGAAUUUCCAAACCGAAGAUUGAUUUUUAAAUUUAAAGAUUAAAGAAAGGAAGUGUUGGAAGAAAAGGAUGAUCAAGAUGGAACCACCAGUGUAGUGCUGAUCAUUGCCUGCUGACACUUGCCAUUCACUGAUUUAAAUCUAGGUUCUUCAGCAUGUGGCAUCAAAAGCUAAUGAAGAGUAUGCUGGAAAGAAAAGUAAUUUUCUCAUAGCAGGUACACCCUGUUUUGUGUUCAGGUGUUGCAAGUGCAUUUUUAAUAUCUUAGUUGAGGACUUAAACACAAAGGCUAGUAAACUGAUAGUCAGUUGGAUUUGAUUUUUUUCUUUAGUUUUUCUAUGUUUUUGUUAUUUUCUAGAAGAGUAUGCAAUCCUUUGACUAAAAGCAACUCUGCCCUUCUUUCUCAGUCUCACAACUAAACUUUUCUAUACAACAGUUAGUAAAUAUUUAAAAUAUCCAUAAUUCUCUCUGUCUGCUUGCUUUUAUGCAAAGGCUCUUUAGACCUGGUGACGAGAUUUUACCAGUGAAGGAAUGGGUCCAGGUUUCUUGUAGAGGAUGUGAAAUCUUCAAACACAGUUCUUUUGUUCUGCGUUGUCCUUCUGCUUCAUUGUUACACAUUUGAUUUCUUUUAAGUUUUUAAAAUACUUGUAUAAAAACCUGUUGCAGAAUAGAGAGCUGUGCCUCCUGCCCUCAGAGACAGAUAUCAUGUCAUUUAGUUGUUUCUUCCUCCUUUACUGCACUGGGUUUUGCAUCCUCAAGUGCAAAUACAUCAUUUUUUCAGCUGUGUCACAUUAGGCACAAUAUUCAUUCCCAUUCCCCUCAGUUUGCUUUUGCCUUAACUGGAACCAGAAAUCCCAGUGUCUUUAGACUGAUAUCAGAAACUGCUUUGAAGGCUCUGAUGCCCUACUGAGCCUGGUGAUAAGGCAGUUUUUUUGAUGAAGCUGAGUUGCUUGCUUCUUCUGUAAGCAUCAUUAUUUGUGAAGGCUUGCUGUAGUCUUUGUUGUCUGAGAGGCAGCAUGAUAUUACUGUGAUAUACCCCAUUGCUUUGGUAUUUCUUAUCAUGCAGUCAGAUACCCAAGAGCAAAGUCAGUCUUUCUUGCAGGGUUUUUUGUGUGUGGUUUUUUUUUUGGAGGGGGUGGUUGGGUUUUUUUCUUAUUUUUUUUUUCAUAUAUUAAUUAUGACAUGUAGCAAAGUGGAUGAUUCUCCAGCAAGGAGCGUAGUGAUAAGUCAAGAGGUUAACAAUCAAGAGCAAUCAGUUCCUGUAUUAAGUUGUCAAAAUGUUUUUGUGCCAAUUAGAUUUUGGGAUCAUGGGGUUCAGAAAGGUAGAUAGCUUAAGCAAAGAUAAGUAAUACCCAUUAGUCACUUAGUCUUCGUAAGAAAAUGGGAUUGCCUUUUUCUUUCAGUAAUAUUAUUGUGAUUUGCCACAGGCUAAGUACUUAAAAAAACUGCAGCAGAGACUUUAUGCAAGUGUAUGAUACUGUAAAUAGAAAAAAGCAUCCUGUGUAAUCCAUUAAUUCCUAUGUGCCACAGAUUAUCAGUGUUUUCAAUGCACUUAAGCGUUGCUGCUGAACUCCUCAGAGGCCCUUCAUUUCUCACCCUCCUUUCCAAUCAGGCAUAAAGUGUACAACUUAGGAAGUAACAUAGAGGAAGCUGCUAUAUCAUCGUUGCUACAGUGACAUUAAACAUUUGGUACAUGGGCAAAUAUGUUAGGAAGACUUUCAGGCUUUCCUACAGCUACUUGGUUUUCAUUCAUACUGUAGCAAUUCCAUGUAUUGCCUCCUUAUUCGUAGUGUACUGCAUAUUGAUGAAUGUAUUUGUAGAUUCCUUUGCAUACUGAGACUUGUUACUUUUUUAAUUUUCUUGGUUAAUAACUCAGUCUAUGUAAGACUGAAAAAUGACAUUGUAAAUUUUCUAUUGAUUCAAUACCAAAGCAAGAGAUUGGAAGUCUAAUGGUUUAGGUAUCUUAAAUACAGUGGUUUUCAAAGGUGAGAGCCUGUUUUUGUACUUGCAAUGUUAUACACACCAACUAUGUAUACAAAGCUUACAUGUGUAAGCAGAUGCUGAAGUACAAUAUCUACUUGCCUGAGGGGACAAGCACACAUUUUGUAAAUGCAAACCUGGUGCUCACACUGUUGAACUGCACCCUAAAAUUAUUGGAAAGGCAAAUGUGAGGUGUCGUCUUGUUGGAAGCUGACUUCUGUAUACUAUUACAACAGCUUGGCCUUGAAGAAAUGUUGUUUGACAACAUCUUUAAAAAUAUUUCCCAUGAAAUCUUUUUACUUUAAUUUUUUGUGUUUGGUUGAGGGUUUUUGGCUGGGUUUUGGUUUUUUUUUUUGUUGUUGGUUUUUGUUGUUGUUUGUAUCAGUUUGGGGUUUUUUUACUACUUUAAAAGAGAGAUGGCCAGGGAGAGGGGAAACUUAAGUAAACUAUUCAAGUGCUGCUUGAAAAAUGGCCCUUUGUGUCCUCUGUCAGCAGUUCUGGCUGGAAUUCCCAUGUGUUCUCACAAGUCCUCCACUGACUGACAACUGUGUUUUCAGCCCCAUCAUUUUGGAUGUGAGCUUUGCACUGCCAGGCAUUGGAAAGGUGCUUUUGAUCACUGCUGUUAAAUUAGUGAUCUCCAUUUUAUCAUGUAUUGCGCUAUUGCUGAACUCUGUAUGUGUGUAACACCUACAAUGACAAAUCACUUAGCAACAAGCAUCCAUGUAUGAGUUCUGCUGCGUGAACAGUGUUUUGUAACAGUCACGGAUGCACUGUCCUGUUUUUAACUACUUGUUCUGUCACAGCCUCGCAUUCCUACUUUCCUGCUUCUGAUGUUCUUUCCUUUCUCUGUCCUCUAGUGAUCUCCCUGGCUGUUAUGGAGAGAUCUGAAUUGGCUCUCCAGAGGCUGGCCACCAGUGAUGUCAGUCAUUGAAGGGGAGGCUACUUCAGGGCAGUGUGGUGUAAGCAGAGGGUAGUGACAGGAACUUUAAAUAGUGGAUUAAAUAAAAAUGGAAAGUUUAAAAAUGCAGGUAUACAGUGAACCAGAGCUAGCCUUGAGUACUGGAUUCUAGUAUUAAAGUUGCUGCAUAGAUCAUACACCCCAUCUAAUUAAUAUUUGGAGCGUGAUUUCAACCAGUGCUUUUGUUACUCUUCUGUGAAGAUCAUAAUUUGAUGUUCCAGCUGUUAAAACUUUAAUAUUUUUUACUUUGUUUUCACAAGAGGACACAGAUAUUACCAUGUAUUUAAUAGUUUUUGAAUAGACUUGCUCUGUAUUGAUUGCAAAGUGUUGUAUUUUGCAAUAACUCAGUAAACCAAUCCAUGUCAC